AUGGUUUGGAGGCAAUUCCUUAAUAGAUUACCCACUAAGUAUAAUCUAAGCCUUAGAGGUGUGAGGUUGAAUUCAUCUUUAUACUGUGUUGGCGGUUGCGGUAGGCUUGAGACUGUGAACCAUAUCCUUUUUAAUCGUGCUGUUUUAUGGUCGAUUUGGAGUGAGUCGUUGAAAUGGCUCGGUGUUUUGGCUGUUUUUGUUGAAGGAGGAUUUGAGCGUCUCAUUUUGUUCAAAGGUCUAGUUGCAGGAGGUAAAACCGUUUGUGAGAGGUUGGGAGUGAUAUUGGUCUCCAUUAUCUCUUCCAUUUGGAAUGCUAGGAAUGCAAAGGAGGCUUCUGGUUCUGGAGUUGGAUUAAUCAGCUGCAAGGAAUGCGGGAUUUUGAACGUGGAUCUGGAUUGGAGAAUUUGCCAAAUUUGCUUUGGUUUGAUGUAUGUUCUAUCUGUCAUUGAGUUUAGAAGUUUCAGGAAGGGUACUGUGCCAUUAGUUUCAUCUUAUAAAGGUUUACAUAUGCAAGGCUUUUGCGAUGUUGAACCCGCGGAGAAUAAGGUUAAAAAGAUACAUGAACAACUACAAGGGUUUGGACAAGUUGGUGCUGUUAAUGUUUCUUACUGGUUUCAAAACCGUAACUCCAGAAGCAAACAAAAGAAAAGAAUCUUGUACAACAAGAAACUAAAAACACAACAAAACUCUACUCCGUGUAACUCUCUUCCACAAAUCCUCACACCACCACCCAACUCAUUUUCCUCUGAUCAUCAAAAAGCCUCCAUUGGAUUCUCCAAUAUUAAUGAUGUGAUGGUGUUGUUGCAUGUUUCACCUGCAGGCGAUGAAGAUAGAAAUCCUGGACCAAGGCCAAGAUGGAUUCCAAAGCCUGAGCAAAUCCGCAUUCUUGAAGCCAUCUACAACUCAGGGAUGAAGAAUCCACCUGUAGAUGAAAUCAAGAAGAUACGAGAACAAUUACAAGAAUUUGGACAAAUUGGUGAUGCGAGUGUCUUUUACUGGUUUCAAAACCGCAAGUCCAAAGGCAAAAACAAAAAAGCACCCUACCCCAAGAAAUCAAAAAGACAACCAAUUGCAGAUCCAGCUCUUAAUAACUCUCUCCCACAAAUCACCACACCACCACCCAACUCAUCUUCAUCAUCUUCCUCUAACAAUAUUAUUGGAAUCUCCAAUAUUAAUGAUGGGACGGUGAUGGUGCCUAAUUCACCUGCAAUCUCUCUGAACCAAAACCAAGAUGAUACUUAUCCUGACACCCUCGCUGAAACCGGUCUACAACUACCUACACCCCCAUUUCCCUCUUUCCCGGUUGAGAAUCAUAUUAAUGAAAGGGUAGUGCUUAAUGACAUGACAACACUAGAGGGGUCUAAUUACUUCUCUGAUUUCCCGAAUAUGAUUGAACCCUCACCUCAACAAAAUGUUGAUCUGCCUCUGCUGAAUUAUGAUAACAUCAUGAACAAUGAAAAUGAAAAUGGAAUCUACUCAGUCCAUGAUCUUUUUUAUCAAGAGAAUAUUCAAGAGGAAGCGAUGAAUAUGAUGCACAUGCACCAACAAGACCCACAAUUUAAUUUUGGUGUCACGACAACUUCAAGUAAUGAUGAUUCAACUGAUCUUGCUCCUCUACCUCCGGCCAUUGACAUGAGUGCACCUGUUGAUGUUCCAUUCCUUUUUACCGGUGAUCAACUUCAAGGUUUUGGUGAGGAAGAUGGUAUGAAAAAAUGUAGGGUGUUUACUACCAAUGAAGUAAUCGAGGUUAACGCUGGGCCCUUUAACGUUCGUGAAUCCUUUGGUAAUAGAGCAGUUCUGUUUGACUCCUUCAGUACCCCGGUUCUAACUGAUGAAUGGGGUGUCACCCUCAACUCACUCUACCAUGGGGCUGAUUAUUAUCUGCUAUAUCUUUGA